UUCUUUGAAAGCGAGAAAUGAAGUUUCCUGUCCAACACAUUUCACACGUGGCCAUGAAUUCAUCGUUACCCACUUCCUCCUAAUCUCCUGCUAUCCUCUCUCUCUCUCUCUCUUCUUUAUUUCCUUCCUUGGAAUCACAAAAACGAAAGACACACUUCUUCUUUUGGUGGUACAUGUCGUUUCUGUUUCUAGUUUUUACUUUUGCGUAAAUCCUGGAUAGAUCUGCUUUUCUUAUUACGUUGAUUCGGUGGUCUUGGAAAUUCAGGCAAGAAAGUGAAGAAAGUCAUUGACAAGAACUUGACUUCUCAAUGGUUUCAUGUCUAAUGGUUUUAGUUUUAAUUUUUAAUCUGUGCAAUUAAUUUUUGCAAUACCCAAUUAACCAUUUUCUUUUUUAUGUUGAUGUCCUGGUUUCUGAACAUCACAAGUGUUUUGUUCCUCAUUCUCAAAUUUAUUUGACAAAUCCUAAUUCGUGUAGCAUAGAGGUCUUCUGUGUGCUUUGCAAUUUUUUGUUUUUACUUGCAUUAUGCAUAGACAUAGAUAUAUUUUUUUGUUCUUUCUUUCUGUUAAAAAUCUGCAGGAUAAUAGCCUCAUAAGAAGGUAGGUGUGUGUUAUGGAUCAUGGGUUCAAUCUGAACAGUCCUUCAUAAAAAGUUCUCAAAGUAGAUUAAUGGCUAAUUUUUCUGAGCCAUCAUCAUCUCUGAGCUUUACUUCAUCUUCUCAUCUAUCAAAUGGCUCAAUUAGUCAAAAUAUAUCCACCUCCUCAAUCUCUGAGGCAAGGCCUAGCCUUGAGGUGAUUAGUUUAAACAAGCUUAGCUCCAAUUUGGAGCAGCUCUUGAUUGAUUCCAGUUGUGAUUAUAGUGAUACUGAAAUUAUUGUUGAGGGAAUCCCUGUUGGCAUUCAUCGGUGUAUUCUAGCUGCUAGAAGCAGGUUUUUCCAUGAGUUAUUUAAGCAAGGAAAGGGGUCUUUGGACAAGGAAGGGAAACCAAAGUAUUGCAUGAGUGAUCUAUUACCUUAUGGAAAGGUUGGAUAUGAAGCGUUCCUGGUUUUCUUGAACUACUUGUAUACUGGAAAACUUAAGCCAUCUCCAAUGGAGGCAUCAACUUGUGUUGAUAAUUUAUGUGCUCACGAUGCUUGUAGACCUGCAAUUAAUUUUGCAGUGGAGUUGUUGUAUGCGUCAUCCAUAUUUCAAGUACCGGAGCUGGUUUCACUUUUCCAGAGACGCCUUGUUAACUUUGUUGAUAAGGCUCAUGUGGAGGAUGUAAUCCCUAUACUUCUGGUUGCCUUCCACUGUCAAUUAAAUCAACUUGUUGCUCAGUGUGUGGAUAGAAUAGCACGGUCGGAUCUUGAUAACAUCUCAAUAGAGAAGGAACUUCCCUAUGAAGUUUCAGAGAGCAUUAAAUUUCUUCGCAAAAAGCCUGUGUCUGAUGAUGAAGAGAAUGUUGACGUUGUGGACCCCGUGCAUGAAAAGAGAAUUAGGAGAAUACAUAAGGCAUUAGACUCGGAUGAUGUUGAACUGGUAAAACUUCUCCUGACAGAAUCUGAUGUAACAUUGGAUGAUGCCAAUGCUCUUCAUUAUGCUGCUGCAUACUGUGACCCCAAGGUUGUAUCUGAGGUGCUUGGCCUUGGUAUUGCUGAUGUCAAUCUUAAGAAUUCACAAGGUUACACGGUUCUCCACAUCGCGGCAAUGCGAAGAGAACCAGCAGUGAUAGUGUCUCUCCUGGCAAAAGGGGCUUGUGCUUUAGACUCAACAUUGGAUGGGCGAAGUGCUGUUAGCAUCUGUCGAAGGUUGACUAGGCCAAAAGAUUAUGAUGCUAAAACAGAGCAGGGGCAGGAAACAAAUAAGGACCGGCUAUGCAUUGAUGUUUUAGAGAGAGAAAUACGGAGGAACCCUAUGGCUGGAGAUGCUUCAAUUACUUCCCAAACAAUGUCUGAUAAUCUGCAUAUGAAGCUUCUAUACCUGGAGAACAGAGUGGCAUUUGCGCGAUUAUUCUUCCCUAGUGAAGCCAAGGUAGCCAUGCACAUUGCGAAUGCCAAGAAAACAUCUGACUAUCCCGGCCUUUCUGCAUCGAAAGUUGUGAAUGGUAAUUUCAAGGAGGUUGACUUAAAUGAGACACCGAUGAUACAGAAGAAAAGACUUCUUUCUAGGUUGGAAGAACUUAAUAAAACAGUGGAAAUGGGCAGACGGUAUUUCCCUAAUUGCUCUGAAGUGCUUGAUAAAUUCAUGGAAGACGACCUUCCUGAUUUGUUUUACCUUGAAAAGGGCACCCUAGAUGAACAGAGAAUCAAAAGGAGACGCUUCAUGGAGCUCAAAGAGGAUGUUCAUAGGGCUUUUAACAAGGACAAGGCUGAGCGCUCUGUGUUGUCGUCCUCCUCAUCCUCAUCUUCUCUUAAAGAGAGAGGUAGUAACAGGUUCAGAAAAUUAUAAGAGCAUGUAAGAUAUGUCUCUAAUAAGCCUUGUGACUGUGCAUCAGGUUUUGGGAAAGAUUUCUGGCAGAGUCUUAAAAAGUUUUUGGCUCUGCUUGUAUAAUUGUAGCAGGAGAGAAAACGGGGCUCUAUGAGCUAAGCUCCAAAUUUUAUGAAGCCAGUGGCAGAUUAUAUUUUGAGAAUUCAUAGAAUUAGUAAGAAAAUGUGAUAAUAUGAAUUGGAAACUAACUGAUUCAAAUUUAACAUAUUUUUGCUGCA